UCUUACGGGAGAUCAGUAGAGGGAAUCAGCCGCAGACUCAAACGGGCUGUAUCAGAGCACCAGCUAUUGCAUGACAAGGGCAAGUCAAUCCAAGAUUUACGAAGAAGAAUAUUCCUUCAAAAUUUAAUUGAAGGUGUCAACACUGCAGAAAUCCGUGCGACUUCAGAGGUUUCACCUAACCCUAAGCCUGCUACCAACACAAAGAACUACCCUGUACGAUUUGGUAGUGAAGAUGAGGGCAGAUACCUAACUCAGGAGACAAACAAAUCACAGACCUACAAGGAGCAGCCCAUGAAGGUAUUAGGGAAGAAAAAGAAAGCAAAGCCUGGAAAACGCAAGGAACAAGAAAAGAAAAAGAGGCGAGCCCGCUCAGCUUGGUUAAAUUCUGGCAUGUAUGGAAGCAUCGUGACUGAGAACCCACUCUUGGACAACUCUGUUACUACACAUAAUCACACUUUAAGGUAAUUCUGCUAUAUCUUUUGGCAUACCAUAUAUUAUACUGAAGUUAUUAUCAUUCGGUGUGAGAGACCAAGGCCUCACUCAAAACUGGAGUAAUAGCACACUGGUUUGCUCAUAACUGAGCAGUGGCUUUUCAAGCAGUGCACAGUAU